UUCGUUCAAUUUUACGUCAGCAGUGUCUGUCACGCAGUAAAGUUGUUUUUGUGUGUGUUUAUCACAAAGUUGCAGAAAUAAUACGAUUAUAAUCAGUAAAGCGUGCAAAACAUUACACAAAUAAUUGAAACUAUUAAUUUGUCUGUUGGUUCAAAAUGAUCAUUCCAGUGCGUUGCUUUACAUGUGGGAAGGUUAUUGGAAACAAAUGGGAGGCGUAUCUCGGUCUUCUGCAAGCUGAGUACACGGAAGGUGACGCCCUCGACGCUCUCGGCUUGAAGAGGUACUGCUGCCGAAGAAUGUUACUAGGCCACGUAGACCUGAUUGAGAAAUUACUCAACUACGCACCGUUGGAGAAGUAAACUAAACACUGGAGAAGAAUUAGUUUAUAAGCUAUUGUUAUCAUAAACUUAGAGAAUGGAUUAAGAAUAUAUUUGUUUACAUCCUUGUCUUUAACCCAAAAAUUUUAUGGGUAUCCCCACCAAUAUUAUAAAUGCGAAAGUAACUCUGUCUGUGUGUCUCUCUGUUACGCUUUCACGUCUAAACCACUGACUUUAAUACAAUUGGAACAGAGAUAGAGUUAACCUUGAGAGAGAACAUAGGAUAGUUUUUAUCCCGGACUCUUGAAGAAUUAUCUCUACGCGGGCGGUAGCUAGUAAAUUAAUAUACCUUGAUCUUCCCUAUAUGUCUGGCUUUUUACCGCGGUUUCACCCGCAUACUGUUUAAACUAGUGCUUGUAUCUGGACAAGAUAUAGCCUAUAUCACCCAGGAACAGUGUAGCUUCCCAACAGCGUAAGAUUUUUUUUAAUCUGUUUACUAAUUUUGGAGCCUUGUUUGUACAACAAAAUGUUUCCUCUUAAAAUAUAUGAUUAAAAUAGGAAAACCUCAUGAGUCUUCAAGCCAUUCAGUAGUUUUUGAGUUUAUAUUUAAAAACUGUCAGACAAGACAUGGUAGAGGAUGGCUUUUAUCGUUUAUAGUAUUUAAUUCAUUCUCUAGAUGUAUGGUUUUUAUUAUGUGAUAAAUAAUAUACUGGACUUUAUAAGUUUAAAAGAAAUAAAAUGAAUAAGCAUACCU